GUAGCUCAGUUUACAGUAACAUCACAAUCAGGACUAGGUUGUUAUAGAGCUGCACCAGACUCCCUUGGCUAUGUGUGUAAUAUGUCAGAUAUCUGUUUUAAGAAGAGUUCAACGAAUUAACCUUCUCAACUAAAACCGGUGACACGCCAGCAGUUUACUUUAAGUGUAGGAGGGGUUCCCGCCAAAACGUCCGUAUGUGAUAGGUCCAAUUCAAAUCUUUGAGGGGAAAUCAUUUUCACCAUGGCUCCUGCUCUCCUCAACUACCUGUUUAUUCAGCUAAUAGUCCUCCCUAAAGGGCUCUCUCAGUUGGUGAGAACACAGCAGGUUGUCACAGCAACCCUGGGAGAAGAUGCAGUCUUAACCUGUGAGCUCAUGACACUCAAAGACGUGCGGCAAGUCACCUGGCAAAAAGAGACAACUGAGGUGAAUGAAAAUGUGGCCACUUACAGCAAACGUGGUCCCGAUGUCAACCUACGUUUUAAGGGGAAAGUGGAGUUUGAAGACGAGGGACUGCAGAACUGCUCUAUUGUCAUCAGAGGAUUGUCAAGAGGAGACGAGUCCUGCUACAAGUGUCUGUUUAACACCUUUCCAGAUGGACCUAUCAGUGGAACCACCUGCCUCAAAGUCAAUGAGCUGUAUGGACCCUCACUCCUCAUCACACAAACCAACAACAGUCACACCACUCUGUCCUGUUCUGCUACUGGACGACCUGGUCCUAUAGUAACCUGGAAAGAUACAGAAAUUCUAGAAAAUUCCACAAUGGCCAAUGUCACCCAUCUCAAUGGAACUGUCACUGUCACCAUAACUUCCACGCUGGUAGCAUUCAGUCUACCUGACAAAGACACCAGGGUUGGCUGUAUGGUCUCACUGUUCUCCGGGGGUGUCACCAAGAACGUAUUCAUGGUUAUUCCAGCUAGAACUCAAGCUUCAUUUCCCGUUAAGCCAACAGGGAUUGGUGCAGUGAUGGGUUCACUGUGUCUCAUUGCUGUGUGCUGUGGAGCUGCUGUGGUACUGUGGUACAAACUGAGAAAUACAACAAGCCAAAUUCCCGCAGGCAAUGAACAGGAACAGCAACUAUCAACAGACAACCCUCAACGUGAUGACUGAAAUCCAGAGGUCUAAUCUAACAGACCUGAGCCCUAGGACCAUGCCUCAGGACUACCUGACAUGAUGACUCCUUGCUGUCCCCAGUCCACCUGGCCGUGCUGCUGCUCCAGUUUCAACUGUUCUGCCUUAUUAUUAUUGGACCAUGCUGGUAAUUUAUGAACAUUUGAACAUCUUGGCCAUGUUCUGUUAUAAUCUCCACCCUGCACAGCCAGAAGAGGACUGGCCACCCCACAUAGCCUGGUUCCUCUCUAGGUUUCUUCCUAGGUUUUGGCCUUUCUAGGGAGUUUUUCCUAGCCACCGUGCUUCUACACCUGUAUUGCUUGCUGUUUGGGGUUUUAGGCUGGGUUUCUGUACAGCACUUUGAGAUAUCAGCUGAUGUACGAAGGGCUAUAUAUAUUGAUUUGAUUUUGAUACUGUUGUAUCAAUAUGUUUGGACCAUGACAGUUUACAAUCCAGGGUAACUCCUAGCAGUUGAGUGUGUUGUGUUGAGUCAUCCACAUACAUAGACACACUGGCUUUACUCAAACAGCUACCCUGAAGAAUUCCUGAUUCUACCUGGAUUAUGUUUCCAUUAAAUAACACCCUCUGUGUUCUGUUAGACAAGUAACUCUUUAUCCACAUUAUAACAGGAGGUGUAAAGCCAUAAUACAUGUGGUUUUCCAGCAGCAGACUGACCGAUAAUGUCAAAAGCUGUGCUGAAGUCUAACAAGACAGCCACCACAAUCAUUUUAUCAUCAAUUUCUCUCAGCCAAUCAGUCAUUUGUGUCAGUGCUGUGCUUGUUGAGUGCCCUUCCCUAUAAGCGUGCUGAAAGUCUGUUGUCAAUUUGUUUACUGUGAAUUUACACUCUAUCUGGUCAAAUACCAUUUUUCCAGAAGUUUACUAAGGGUUGGUAACAGGCUGAUUGGUUGGCUAUUUGAGCCAGUAAAGGGAGCUUUACUAUUCUUGUGUAGCGAAAUGACUUUAGCUUCCCUCCAGGCCUGAGGACACACACUUUCUAAUAGGCUUAAAUUGAAGAUGUGGCAUUAUCAUCGGCUAUUAUCCUCAGUCAUUUUCCAUCCAGAUUGUUGUCUAUCAACAAUGAGGGUCUGACAAUCAUUUUUUCAUCUCUUCCAAACUGACUUUACGGAAUUCAAAAGUACUAUUCUUGUCUUUCAUAAUGUGGUCAGAUAUACUUGGAUGUGUGGUGUCAGUGUUUGCUGCUGGCCUGUCACACCACACAUAAGUUUGCUUCUCUUGCCAAUGAAAAAGUCAUUAAAGUAGUUGGCAAUAUCAGUUGGUUUUGGGAUGAA